UGUUCAUUUAUGUGUUUACGAUUUAUACAUAUAGAUUGUUUAUUGACGUAGGUCUUAUAAACAUGUUAUGAAUUCAUUCAAGGUGUAUCAUAAAAACAAGAUCAUGUUAUUUCCAUUUUAAACUUCAACCAGGGAUAACUGAUUGGACAAAAAACUAAAAGAAAAUGGGUAACCAACCACCAAAAGGGAAAAAUCCCGGCGGUCCAGUUCGUGGCUUAGAGGGUCUUUUGAAGGAUGCUAUGAGAUUAGCCCAUGUUGCAGUAUCAGAUAUAUAUUCCUACCGAGAGGGUAUUAAACCUGCAAUCGACAAAAUAACUGGAGACAAAGAAAAGGUUGUUCAGAUGGAGGUGGAAAAAAAGAAAAUUUAUGAACACGCCAUGGCUCGUUACAUUGGAAAGAUCAGGUCAAUGCGCACUGGAAUGAAACCUACACAUGAAUGUCCUGUUAUUACUUUCAUUGGAGAAGAUGAAAAUGAGUUUGAUGUAGACGGAAGUGGAUUUCGGAGACAAUAUUACUCAAUUUUCUUUCAAGAGUGUCUUAGAAGACUUUUUGAAGGUUCUGGUAGAAAUCAGCUUCCAAAACACGAUUUAACGAAGAAAGAAGAAUUUACUGCCUUGGGUAUUGCGAUAGUAGAGGCCAUUUUGAAUGGAGACUGUGGAUUUCCAUACAUGAACAAUGCUGUAUUUAUGUUAAUUCUUGGCAAAAGUGAUGAUGAAAUAGAUCAAACCCUGAUCAUUACAGACAUACCCCUAGGUGAUGUAUGGAAUACAGUUAAAAAGAUUCAAGAUGCCAAAACAGAAAGUGAAAUGACUGAAGCCAUUUCCGAAGAUAGUGCAAACUUUUUGAAUUUUAUUGGUUGGCCAGGAGGGCAAUUAAUGACGCUUAAAAACAAACAUUCUUUGCUUCAUUAUAUUACAAAAUGGUAUGUAAUAGACCAAAGACUUUCAGAAAUUGAUCAGCUGAAAAAAGGUCUUAACUACAUGGGUUUUCUGGAUACCAUCAGAUCUAAUACGUGGUUUGAACCGUUAUUUGUAUACUCAGAGCAAUAUAGUAUCACUGCCAAUUAUGUGAAGCAGAAAUUAGAACCAUUGCUAGACAAACUGCCUACAAAAACAGAUACACAAAGAAAAGCACAAAAACAAGCAAAAUUGUGCAUUGAUGCGCUUGAUGAAACGCAAGCACGACUGUUGUUUGCGUUCAUUACAGGACUUUAUGAUCCUCCAAUCAUUGAAGAAACCUUCUGUGUAGAAUUCAACACAAAUCCGGAUAUGUGUUAUCCGACAAGUUACACAUGUUUAAAUAAACUUUUCCUUCCAUUGGGUAAUAAAGACAUCGACAAAUUCAAGGAAUCUUUCUGGGCAGCAUUGUAUGACGUUCAAAGAUAAACCCCCUCUAACCAUAAAACAAUAAUUUGAAUCAAUUGUGUAUACAACUAUAUUUCGUCAAUUGGUCUGUUACAACACAUAUUUAAGGAUUAAAAUGUAUUUUCUAUAGUUGUAAGAAGAAAAGUGUUCAAUCAAAAAAGGGAUGUCUUUUUGAUAUCUAUAUUUUUCUAUGAGACGGGAUGAUAUAUAUGUAUUUUGCUUUAUUUUAUAAGCUGUAAAGAAGGAACUAUGAACUACUUUUUUUAUUCAAUAUAUAUCAUGAAAAUAACUUUGUAAGGUUCUUAAAAUAUAAAAGAAAUUUCCCUGAGAAAUAUUAUAGGUAAAUCAUUUCAACGGACCUAUUCAUUUAAUAAGUUUUCUUUUUAUUCAAAAUCUCAUAAUUGAUUUUUAACAAAAAGCACAACGUUCAUAUUGAACAUUGUGAUGAAGAGCAAUACAGGUUUCCUACAAAAUGAAGAUCACCGCUUACCUUAUAAAACAGUUUAAUUUUAAACAGAGGAGAAAACUGAACUAUCGGCGACUUUUUAAUCGCUUUGUAUUUGUUGUUUUAUCAUACUUGUUGACAUGAUGUUUUGACAAGAACAAAUGCAAUGUAAAUACAUGUAUAGUUUUGUUGUUGUUUUAUUUGAUAUAUAUGCACCGAAAUAUAUUUUGAAAUGAUUUCAGUUUAAUAUAUGUACUCUGAUAAAAAUAAAACCACGAUUGUUACAUUUUAUAUGAGUUUCAACAGUGUACUGACUUGAUGUUUCAAUAAAAUAACGAAAUCACAAUUAUGAGAAUGGAAACAACCACAACAACUACAAGCAAUUAUUUUAAUUGCAGACACACAGAUUUAAAAUAUAGCACUUUUCUUCAUAAGGCAAAAGUGCAUUAUUACAUUUAUAUGUCGGACAAUGUUGUUGGGAAUGUUUGUGUUCUAUAUUAAUUCAAUAUAUGUGGAUCUUCCUUUUAAAAUUGCUGUCAACGUUUUACAUCAACCCUAACUUGAAACUUUAUUUCACAUGUUCAUCAUAAGUAUCAUCAGACGUCAACCAGGUUGCAUUCUUAUAAUGGACUGCUCCAUAUAUAGAUAUAGGGAGAUGUGGUAUGAGUGUCAACUCUCCAUCUAUUUUCUACCUCGGGAAUGGUCUUCAACGCUCUUCAACUUUGUACUUCAUUUGGCCAUUUUGACAUUUUUGUAUUCGAGUCUGGCGUAAAUGUAACGUUUUAAUCCUGGUAUCUAUGAUGAGUUUAUUAAAUGUGUAAUAAAUGUUAAUGCUAGCUUCUUUUCGUUCAUCUGGAGCCAAUUCAUUAAGAGUUCCUUUUAGAUUAAUCUGUAUAUGUUUUUCACAAUUGUUAAGUAAAAACAAAUUUACACAAAAGACAAUCGAUUAAUUGGUCAUUUUGUUUCGGUAUUCUAAAAAAUUAUUAAAAAGAUUUGAAACAGUGUAGCAAAGCAGCUAAAAAGGUUA